GUCAAGCUGACAGCUAAUCCACUUCCGCCUGUUUUCAUUCUCUCUCUUUUUCCGUCAUCUUCGAUUGAAGAAACUGCACACAUUUCGUGUCAGCUUUUAAAAUUCAAUCAAUUUCAGUAACAAUUCGAUAAAAUGGCCAAGCGUACCAGGAAAGUCGGAAUCGUCGGUAAAUAUGGUACCCGAUAUGGUGCCUCUCUACGUAAGAUGGUGAAGAAAAUGGAAAUCACCCAGCACGCCAAGUACACCUGUACAUUCUGCGGCAAGGAUGCCAUGAAGCGUUCCUGCGUCGGAAUCUGGUCCUGCAAGCGAUGCAAGCGUGUCGUCGCUGGUGGAGCCUGGGUGUACUCGACUACCGCUGCCGCCUCGGUCCGUUCGGCUGUCCGUCGUCUGCGCGAAUUGUAAACAACACGCUGCUUUCCAUCGAACGGUUUUGUAAUACCUAAGUGAAUGUAACUUAUUUUACAUUAAUAUCGGCACAAGUACAAAGCUGCUGAAUUGUGCCCUGGCGACACCCGUGUAUGCAGAAAGGGAAAGAAUGUGGAAAAGUGUGGAAUAAAGAAAGAAGGGGAUCCAUCUGAAACAA